AUGUCGUCUCCUAGCGCAAAUCACAGCGCAAUACCCCGCCGUCGUCCUCGAGAUGACGAUAGCGAUGACAGCGACGAUUCCGAUUCUGUCAACGCGACUCCCGCCUCCAACAGCAAGCGUCCUCGCCUAAGCCCCGCCGAUGAAGGACCCGAUCGAGACGAUGAGGAGAGUGAGGAGAUUGAGAAUGGGCAAAGCGAUACAACUGAGGGUCAGGAUACGAACCAGGCUCCUGCGCAACGCCCGACAGCUCACCUUGGGGUCGGUCCCGGAGGCUACAAGCCCGGGGCGAUCAUUCGAAUCAAAGUCGCCAAUUUCGUGACAUACACGUCCGCUGAAUUCCAUCCUGGUCCGAAACUGAACAUGGUAAUUGGUCCAAACGGCACAGGCAAGAGUACCUUGGUCUGCGCAAUUUGUCUAGGUCUCGGUUGGGGCCCUCAACAUCUUGGACGAGCAAAGGACCUUGGUGAAUUCGUCAAACACGGCUGCGCAGAAGCCACCAUCGAAAUCGAGCUCGCCGGUCCGCCGAAGAUUACUUCAAACCCCAUUAUACGUCGUACCAUCAAACGCGAUGGAAACAAGAGCUCAUUCACUAUCAACGGACGGAGUGCUAGUCCAAAACAAGUCGCGAAUCUCGUGCAGUCAUUUGCCAUUCAAGUGGAUAACCUGUGCCAGUUUCUUCCUCAGGACAAAGUUGCCGAGUUUGCGGCCCUUUCUCCCGUUGAGCUUCUCCAUUCUACACAGAGAGCUGCAGCUGAGCCGGAGAUGACCGAGUGGCAUAAGAACCUCAAGGAUCUCCGUCAAAAGCAAAAGCAACUUGAACUUGAGAAUCGCGGUGACAAUGAGACUUUGGCAAAUCUCAAAGAUCGACAAGAACAGCAAAGAGCAGAGGUGGAGAACAUGCGGCAGCUGGCUGUAGCACAGGAGACAAUGGAACUUUUGGAGUUUUGUCGGCCACUUGUGGAGUACAGAGAGUACCGCAAGAAAUUUGAGGAGCUCAAAGAGAGAAAAGCUCAGGUCGAGAAGGAGGAGGCGCAACUCAAGACCGAACUUGAACCUGCCCUGGCCGCAGUCACCGCCAAGCAGAGCUAUGUCGAGCAGAUCAAUCAGGUUCGGAACCACCGCAAACAGCGAGCUCAGCAAUUGUCCAAUACAGCCACGGCUUGCGAGAAACAGGUCGCCAAUCUGCAAAAUUUGAAUGAUGACCUGGACAGUAAAAUAUCGGCCGAGAAGAAAACUUCUCAAAAGCACAAAGCUGAGGCGACCCAGGCGCAGCAGAAAGUGAACAGGUACAAGCGUCAAUUGGAGGAAGACGCCGUAGAGUUCGAUGCUUCUCACUACAACGAACAGCUGAGAGAAAAACGACUUGCUCAGCGUGAGCUUCAGGCAAAAGCAAGUGAUAUCAAGGAGCAACGAGGACCAUUCCACGACAAAUCAAAAGAACUGUCUGGCCAGAUCGAAGAGGCCCAGACGCAAAUGCAAAAUCUGGACUCCCAGAUGGGCCAGCAGGAAAUGAGGCUGCAACAGCUGUCUCUGGAGACACUCAAAGCUCAUCGGUGGGUUCGAGAUAAUCAGAACAAGUUCGAGAAACCCGUCAUCGGUCCUCCUAUCGUGACCUGCUCGAUCACAGAUCCCAAGUAUGCCGAUGCCAUUGAGUGUCUUCUUAACAGAAACGACUUUUUGGCAUUUACGGUCCAAACCAAGAAAGAUUUCCGGACCUUGCAGCAACAGCUGAUGGGUCAAAUGCGACUUCACGAUAUCACUAUCAAGACGAGUCCCCUUCGAGACAAUCGAGAAACCCCAGUAUCGGACCAAGAACUCCGACAACUAGGGUUUGACGGCUGGGCAAAGGACUUUAUCAGUGGACCUGAUCCAGUUAUUGCCUCUCUUUGCAUGGAAAAUCGCUUCAGCCAAACUCCCAUCGGGCUCAAUCAUUUUACGGGUGAACAGACAGAAGUUGACGACCUUCGCCGAAAGAAAAUCACCCAAUUCGUUGCCGGGCCUCAGAUGUAUCAGACUAGUUACCGUGCAGAGUAUAACGCUUCUUCCACCAGCAUCAAAGGAGUUCGGCCUGCUAGAGUCUGGACAUCACAGCCAAUUGACACGUCUAUCAAAGACACACUUCGCGAGAAUAUUGCGUCGUGGAAAGAACAAAAAGAAGAAGUUGAGCGGCAGAUUCAGGCAUUCAGAAAAGAGCUGGGAGUCCUCGAAAAAUCUCACCAGGAGAUUGACAGAGAAAUUGAAACGAUCGAGGAAGAAAAGGCUGCGCGGCAAAGUGCGCACACAAAGUGGCUGGCUAUCCCCGAACAAAUCAGUCAAGAGGAAGCCAAGGUCAGCAGUCUCCACGAGCUGUUCGCGGCGGUGAGAGAAAACGUGGCCAGAUAUCGAGAUGAGCAGGAUGGGGUUGCUAUUCGAAAGGCAGAGGCAGCAAUCGAAUAUGCGGACGCUGCUGAGGCGGUUCGGCAUGCUUAUGAGGAGCUCGUCAAGAUCGAGGUCUGGCACCUGGAAGCCACCUCGGAUCUGAAGACUCUUCGCGAAAAGCAUGCGGACUGUACACGGAUGCUGGAACAGAAAGCUCAAGAAGUGAGGAAACUCUGUGAAGAAUACAGAGAGAAACAUGCCAGGGGUCGCUCAAUGUUGCGCCAGGCCAAGCAAACCUUCGAGGCGGCUCAGGAGCGACCAAACGGCGAGGAGAUCAUCAGGACGGUCAACGACGCCGAUUACACCCUCGAUAAUCUCAAUGCCGAUAUUGAAUCCCAACAAGCCCAGAUGCGGCUGUUUGUCGGAGGAAACAGCAACGUCAUCAAAAUCUUCGAGGAUCGGGAGAAACAAAUCGAGCGACUGGAGGACAAACUCAGCGACUACCGAAAUCAAUUGGCCGAGUAUGAUGCUGCGAUCAAGGAGGUUCGGGAUUGUUGGGAGCCGAGACUGGAUGCACUCAUCUCCAAGAUCAGCGAUGCUUUCGGAGACUCGUUUGCACGCAUUGGCUGUGCUGGACAGGUUAGUUUGGACAAGGUGGAAGCCGAACCUGGUCCGAACGGCGAACCUGGCGGCAGUGAAUUCGACCAGUGGUCCAUUCAAAUCCACGUCAAGUUCCGCGAACACGAACAGCUCUCAAUCCUUGAUUCCCACCGUCAAUCCGGAGGUGAACGCGCUGUCAGCACGAUCUUCUACCUCAUGGCCCUGCAGUCACUGUCUGCGUCACCCUUCCGCGUCGUCGACGAGAUCAACCAAGGUAUGGACCCUCGAAACGAGCGUAUGGUCCACGGCCGCUUGGUAGAUAUCGCGUGCGACUCUGACGAAGGAGGAGCCACGGAUGAGAACGGUAACCCCGUCGGUGGCGGCGGAGGUGGUCAAUACUUCUUGAUCACGCCCAAGCUUUUGAGCGGAUUGUCCUACAAGCCUGGUAUGCGGGUGCUUUGCAUCUACAGCGGCGAGCAUAUGCCAGAGGAAUAUGCCAAGCUGGACUUUGGCCGGGCCGUUCGCAAGAUGAGGGCAAUCAAUGAGAAAAGUCAGAUGGCCAAGGGCAAAUCGCGUGCUAUCGUGAAUAAUUCCCAGGUCGAUGUCUACGGUUGA